UUUCUCCGCCAAUCGGUACAGAGCUUACAGAGCCUCCUACUCCUACUCCAACACCAUGUCCCAUGACGGACCCACCACCUUCAACAGAUGAGCAUGGUUGUGGACUGCCCGUGAUGGCAACCAUACCAAGCGACAGAGCUUUCGACUAUGAAGCCAUGUACGAAGCUCUGAUGUACUAUCGAUCCGAUCCGAAUGCCGGUGAGGUAAAAUUCGAUGAGGUCAAAGAACAGUUUGAGAAGUUGAGUUACCAAGACGGAGAGAAUCUGUCAGGCAUGACAGGAGAUCUCACGGACACCAUCAAAGCUAUGAAUGACGUCUGGGUCCUGCAGUACACCGACUCUGAGACUGGCUACGAACUGGCCAUUCUUCUUCAAGACUUUGACCCCGCGACAGGGAUGCUGCCAGAGGACCUAGACUUCUCGGGUGUCUCUUAUAGCUAUGAACUGAAAGAUAAACUGUACCUCUUGAAACAGCGUUAUGCAGCAUUGAAGCUUACUAUAUACAUACCAGACUUCAUCCCAGAUUGCGAAAUCAUAACCGAAAUUCAGCUGAAUGCGUAUUUCAGUCUAGUUAAGGUACCCCUGGUUCUCGUGGCCUGUGUUACAAUAGAGUGCGAAGCGGUCAUCAUUGUCCCCGUAGUUUGCUAUUCUCAAACCUGGUUCUGGAUAGGUGAACCUGUUUGUGAGUGGAUUCUGAUUACAAGAAUCUACGUCAAGCUGCUGUUUAUACAAAUCACCUACUGGGUCAGGUAUUGGUGGAUCACCGCUUUCCCUGUGUGGGCAGUGCAGCCACUUCCAGAUUGCCCAGAUCCCGACAUGGGUGCUAUAGCUCCUUAUGAAGGGUACUCAUCAUCAUUCUUGAAUAUGGCAAUGGACAACUUCAUGUCUUCAGUGUCUGGAGACAUGGCAUCCGAACUUUAUGUAGAUCAGUUCAGGUUUGUAUAUAAUGAGGAACUGCAGGGUCAAAGUAAUACCGCACUCUCUACCAUGGAGGGUGCCGUGACAGACACAGUCAACGGCUUCAAGGACAAGUGGGUCCUGACGUACCAGGAAUCACCGGAAGACGAGGAAACCAGCAUCCUGCUAGAAGACUUUGAUCCAAAUGCUUCUGAAUUACCCAACGAGAUUCAACUCGGUGAUCUCUCCGGCUUCCCUUCGUACAACGAGCGCUACCUACGCCAAUUCCAGUACCGGUAUAUGGAGAUGAGGCAGACGGUGUCCCUUCAGACAGUCAUCCCGACCAACUGCGGCACCGCGAUCUACUCCAUACGGCUCAACUCGCGCUUCACCCUUCGAAGGCUACCGUUCUUCCUCAUGGCUUGCUGGGAAAUCAGUUUCAGCGAAUAUCUGAUUAUUCCAGUCCCAUGUUAUGAGAUCUACAUCAUCUGUGGCAUUAGAGUGGUGAUCCCUGUAAUCAAAGUCAUGAUCAUACGUCGUGAAUUCUGGUUCGGGAUUUGGGUCUUCAUUCCUCUCCCAGCUUGUCCAUGGCCACCAGCACCAAACCCAGGCUCGGUCAUUGCUUUUGGAAGCCCAACUGGUCUCAGCCAUCUUGAUACUUGUACAUACAGGUGUCUUCCAGGCUUCCAAAAAUGCAAGGGUCUCAAUACACUGGUCUGUUGGAAAGGACAGUGGCGGCCGCAGCAGUUCCAGCUGCAGUGUGCACCAAUAUGUCCUGUAGCUCCUGCCGCUGGGUUCGGCGCAGUCCGCGUUGGCUGCAUAAAAGUACCCAUCUUUGGGCUUUGGCUAAAGGAAGUUUGCUUCUACCAGUGUCUGAAUGGUUGGAACCGUUGGAAGGGUUCCUACGUUCGGGGAUGCCGCAAAGGUAUAUGGACUGGAUCGCCCCUGGUCUGCCUACCGCCGUGGAUCAUUUGGCCCUUCAGAACACCAUGCGACUGUAAGGAUGUCCUGGACAUAGACCCUGCCGCGCCCAGUGGGAUCUACAUGGUGUAUCCGCGAGACAGGCUGGGCGGCUUCCUCGUGUACUGUGACAUGGAGACUGAUGGAGGAGGCUGGACGGUAAUCCAGCGGCGUGAGGACGGCUCGGUCAACUUCUACCUAGGAUGGGACGACUACAAAUACGGGUUCCCCGACGACAUGACCGGAGAGUUUUGGCUCGGGAACGACAAGAUCAACCGCCUGACAACGCAGAAGGACUACGCCCUGAGGGUGGAUCUCCAGGCUAGUGAUAACACCACAGCGUUUGCGUUGUACAACAGCUUCAGUGUGGCAGAUGAGGACGACAAAUACAGGCUCUCCAUCGGAGGUUACAGUGUAACAAGUACUGCAGGGGACGCCAUGACCGCACAAGAAGUUGGUCACAACUUAAAUAACCUGCAAUUUUCCACUUACGACAGUGACAACGAUAUUUGGGACGGAAAUUGUGCCGAACGGUUUAUUGGUGCGUGGUGGUACUGUGCAUGUCAUGAUUCCAACCUGAACGGAGAUUACGACAAUGAUAUGUAUGGGAAGGGCGUCAUGUGGAAACAGUUCAAGGGGUUGCAUGAGUCUCUGCCCUUCUCUGAAAUGAAAAUACGACCCACAGGUUAAGAUCAGAAAUGAAUCUUAAAGAUAUGUGACUGGCAAGACGAUUCCGACUUUAUUCCUGAUAACUUCUUUUUUUUUUUUCAAAAACAUCUUCAAAUUACCCCCUCCUAUGUCUGGGAAACUGAGACAUUGCCUCUAGAAAGAUAUGCCCAGUUAUAAGGAUACAACAAAAUUGACAAGAAUUGAAAACGUCACCCCUAGCCCUUGUGUCUGUGUGAGAUACAGAAGUGUAUAUGCCAUCCGCCUUCUAUGCUCUAUUCCUAUAAAAUCCUUCCUCGCGUGAUUAAGGAACAGUCAUUUAUAAAUGUUUAAUUCAUGAUUAUGAUUUUGUAAAGCAGGACGGGGAACAUACAAGUCUUACCUCUGUGUAAGACGUUCGCAUUUUUUAAAAAUUCCAGUCAAACCUCUAAACAAAGACGUUCUCAAAUCCUUUUAGAAUAGAUAUCCUGACUACAACGAGUUACAUAAAAUACAAUGACCGUACGAACUCCGACCUACACGCAUAUUUUCUUAACUUGAAAGUUCAUUUGUGUUGGUAGAAGUCAUUCUUGAACUAACUUAACUGUAAUACCCAAAAAAAAAUUGGAAUGUAUAUGCACACAUUCUGUUAAGUUAAUGAUAGCUUAGAGUCUGUCCAAAUCGAACAUCGCUCUUAAGGAACAUCUCUUGAAAAGAUCUAUUGUCUUAUCAUCCUACACCAGGAAAAGAGCUUAAACCUAAUACCAACUUGAAAAAUAAAUAACUGAAUAGAAAAUAUGAUAAGACAUAUUGGCAAUCCAGAUAAAAGGUCCUAUGAAAAGGCCUGAACGUAGAAUUCUUUGCAUCGAAAUGACACUUGGAAAUUAAGGUUAAUUACCCGCAACAAUGCAGAAAUUUAUCAACACAAAUUUUACAAAUAUUUGGCAGUAAUCUUUGUGUACUGAGGUUUAUAAAAGAAACGGUCUUUAAAAGCAUCAUUAUGCAAAACAUUGUCUUAUCAACAUUUUUCCCCCUCCCCCAACAAAGGCAAAUCAAUAUUCCAUCUCAUUCCUUAUAUUUUUCGGCGAUGCCCUAGGGGCGGAGCCAGAAUUCUGAGCCAGACGACUCUUGUUUGCACAAGAGACAGGCAGCUCAUGCGCGCGCAAGCUAAAAAUAUGAAUAAGUAAGAAGUUAAUAUUAUCUUUACCAUUACAUAACACUGGUCAUUCUAAAUAAAAAAUAUGUCCAAAUCAUGCCAUGCACGACCAACAUUCAAACGAGAAAUCAACAUGAUACUACAUCCAAAGAGGAAUGUAUAUCAUGGUAAAUUGAUAAUUUCAUAAAAUGUAUGAAACUGUUUGACUAUUGAAAAAUUGAUCUUAUUCCUCAAGACUAAAAUAGUUUUCACAUUAAAACUUUCUCACUUUGUUCCAACUUUGAAUUGACCAGUGCUAUGUAACAUUUCCUAACUUAAUAUGCACAAUGCUACCAGGCAAUUAUGCCAAAGUCAUCAAUAAUAUAUAGCCAAGAUUCUAUUUAAGUGCCUUAUGCACAUGUCAUUGCCUUAAUAACUGCCUGUCAGUCAUAACAUUGAUGUAAGGAAUUACCAUUUGGAAUCUAUGUCAUCCCGUGUUUAUGGAGAGUCACACUUCGAGCACGUGAAAGAACCCACCACACUUAUCCAAAAGAUUAGGGGUCCAUUCGCAGUGUGAGUAGAUCAUUUUAAAACUGUCUGGAUAUGCAGCUUGUGUUAUUCAGUACAAAUCUUGUUAGUUACGCCAUGAGGCGGUUUACCGGGUAUGCAAUACAAAAAAAAGUUUAUAUUUUGUUCAAUGACCAUGGAAAAUAUAAUGUUAUGUUAAACUUAUGUGAGUCACAUAUGAGCACGGUAGUUAUUAAUUCAAAGAUGAAUAUUUCAAUUGGAAAGGCAUUAUGAUAUGUCAACAGUUAUUAACUUGUGUCUACUUGGCUACAAUAUCAAUCUGAUCCAUAAAUAAUAUCAAAACUAGAUCCACAAUAUCACAGCAUCAUAAACUAACAGACAAAAUAGGGAUAGAAAAAUAAUUGAUAAUAUUUACCACCGAGUGACACACAGAAUAUUCAGUUAAGAUGAUAGUUUGAGGUGUAUAGAGCUAACGUGGUAAUGGGAUACAGGAACCAUUAGUUAACUAGCUACACUUGUCCAAGUCGCAUUACGCUUAAGAUGCUGAGUCGUGUAAAACAUCUGAAUGACAUUUCCAAUGAUAAGUGAAGAUCAUGUGAAAGGAUUUCAACAUACGAUGAUUGUGUAAUAGCAUCUCUAUGUGGCUUAUGAGAUACUGAGUGAAGACUGAAGUGUAAAAUGACAAGAAAAGGAAAGGCCAUAACUCUUAAGUGUUAUCUUGGAGUAAUACACACUUGGACAUGACUUUUGAAGCGACAUUCUGACGAUUUUAAUAUUAUAUUUCGGAUUUAGGGGUGAAUUAAGCAAAUACUCAACGUUAGGUGACGGUUUAUUGAGGUUACACGUAUGGGUGUUAUAUUAUUUUGCUGCUUGCCACUUGCUGGAAUUGCGGUUCUGUCCUAAAUAAAAUACUCUUCAGACAAACAAA